AUGAGCCCUAACUACCCCGGAGAUAACCCCAGUAUAACCCCAAACGAGAUCAACAGGGUUGGUUGUCUUGCCCGUGCUGAGGCAACUCCUUUCCCCGCGCUGGUCACAUCUCAAAACCUCUUCCAAUUUGGGAUUGGGCCCAACUUGACUGUCAUUCUGGUUUCUCCUCCAAGCCUUCCUCCUCUUGUUAUUGAUGCAAACUCAUCUCUAAUUGAAUUGGAUGAGAAUGUCGUCACUUCCUCAAGAAAGUGCCGACAAAGUGACCUACUGCUGUAG